AAAAUGUACUGAACGUGUUUUCCCCAUUGAGGUGUGCUUGUAUAUAUUAAGGGUGCCCAGGUCAGCCAUCCCACAGUAUAUGAAAGCAUCUCAUCUGGUCAGGCCCUGGAACCACUCCUGAGCUUCUGGACAAUGACUUUCAACAGGAUGAAGACUACAAUCUGCUCGCUUCUCAUCAUCAUCUCCCUUCUCCAGCUGAUGAUCCCAGUGAAUACUGAGACCUUAGAUUCUCUCCUGGAGAAAAAGAUCAAGGAACUGGGCUGUGGAGGUGAGUGUACCUCCACUGUGACUAGGACUCUCUCCUGCACUAGUGUGACAGAUAGAAGCAGACUAGCCUCCUGUCCUGCUGGGAUGGCUGUCACUGGCUGUGCUUGUGGCUAUGGCUGUGGAUCAUGGGAUAUCCGGAAUGGAAAUACUUGCCACUGUCAGUGUUCAGUCAUAGACUGGACCACCGCCCGCUGCUGCCAACUGGCCUGAGAAGGAGGAGGCUGACAAUCCAGUUUUGAAAUGAUGACUAUAACCAAACUGCAAUCUCAACAUGGACACCUGUCUCAUAUCCCCUUAAUGAAUUCAUAUUACCCAGUAAUCCUGCUUCUUGGAAAAUAAAGACAAAAUUUCACCUGCCUAUGUUAUGUCUUUAAUGUUAUUACCCCUAACUUGGGAAAUCUCUCACUAGAAAAUAUUUUCAGUAACUCAGAUUACAUCUCAGUAUGGCACGUGAGAUUUGUGGUUAGGGAAGGAUGGGAAAGGGACUGAUUCUCCACAUCUCCUAUUCCCUCAUUAUUUAACAGAAAGUAUUGAGUACAUUGUUUGGCAUGAAAUAUAGUAAAUCAAAUACCAUGCUCUUGAUGGAGCUCACCAGCUGGAACAGUGAACUCUAACCCAUGUGCAGGAGAACUUUGCAAGAUGCAGGCAGGCAAGAGUGAAAGACCCUAGCCUUUCAGGCUUACACCCCCAAGCCUCAGGAAAAGAGAAACUUCAAGCACCAGGAAAUGAGAAACUAAAAAUUUAGUUCCAAGGGCCACCUGACUCAGCCACUACAAUAUAACAAUGUAAAAAGAUUUCUGUUAAGAGAUCUGCUCAACUGUGACUGGGAUAGUUGCAAGUGUUCCAGGAAGGACCACUGUGACCUUUGUGUGUAAGCUCUACUCCCGCCCUGAUACCCCCCUUGAGGUUUACGUAACUGUACCCCCUCUGCGAUCACCCUGUGAUCAGACCAUGUUCUUGUAAAACGAAAUUGUAUGGGAAUUGUAAUCUUAUGGCUUUUGUGGGUUUUUCCUUUAAAAGCC